AUGCCAUGCAAUCGAUGCCGCACGCGUCAUUAUCGGUGUGAUGGCAAACAGCCGACAUGUGGGAGGUGUGAGCAUGCUAAGAAGGAAUGCGUUUAUGAGAGCGGUAGACGAUUUCGGCGGUCGUCGAUCUCCGAUUCUUUCAGCGUCGAACAACCAUGGGUCUCUUUCCCUCCACGAAUCCAAUUCUUGGACGAAUCAAGCGAGAUUCGCUCUCAAUAUGUUCAGGAUGGCUACUCUCCAUUUGGCAGCCCUUCAGUACACAUGCCAUCGCCGAGCGGUACUCCUGGAAGUGCCCAGGGCACUGCUUUGACACCAAGCUCAACUCUAUUCACUCCAACAGAAAAUCUGACAGUUCUGUCAUUACUGAAUUCAGAGUCUCCCGUGCAACCGCAGACAACAGCACCUCCAGUAUUGCGUGAUCAUCGAGCGAACACGAGUGCAUACCAGCCACACCAGGAUGAAGGGGUUAGUACUUUCGUCUACCAGCAACCUCCUGGGGAGCCUGUGCUGUGGCCCCUAGAGCAUGAACAAGAAGCAAUGCUACUCCAGCACUAUAUUGAGAAUGUCGCUUUAUUCUUUGACAUGGUUGAUACUAGAGAUCAUUUCGGGGUCCACAUUGUCCAGAUGGCCAAGCAAAAUAGCACUUUGAUGAAUGCCAUCCUAGCGUUGUCUGCUCGUCAGCUUAGUCGAACCACCGACUUUGAUCCUUAUAUCGCAGACGCUUACUAUCAACGCUGCUUUGAUACGUUGAUUCCAGCACUGAAUGACAACGUCACUAUCAAAGAAGAGCCACUACUUGCGGCCACCGUUAUACUACGGCUUUUAGAGGAAAUGAAUAUCUCGAUCAUCGGAUCUGAUCCUCAGGGUCAUUUGUUCGGUACCCAGGCUAUCAUUCGCGCUGCUGAACAAUCAUACGCUGCAACAUCUGGACCGGAUCGACGACAGGCCAUCUACUGGGCUGCUUUCCGUCAAGAACUCUGGAUCUCAUUAAUGACGCAACGAGCGUUUAAGCUGCACAUCUUUCCCGCCGACCGUUCGCUCGAGCCGGCUAACGAUUCCAUCUGGGCUACACGGACGAUUGCUCAUCUCGGCGAUGUGAGCAACUUCGUUUUUGGAGAAGGCAGAAACAGCAUUGCUCGCUACAAUCAACUAAUGGACGAGAAUAGAUCUUGGACACAAUGUAGGCCUGACAGCUUUGAUCCGUACUACUUCCGCCAAGAUAGGGAUGGCAGUGGAAGGAACUUUCCAGACAUUCGCUUCCAUCAAAAGACCCAUGUCAUGGGCACUCAGUACAACCUUUUGGCUCACAUGCUGCUCAUUGUUCAUGAUCCGACAAUCCCUCAGCUUGGUCCAGCACAUAAGGCAUCACGCGCCGUGGUGGACCGAACGGUACAAGACAACGUCCGGACACUGUGUGGUGUGGCGCAAUCAAAUUCCAAGUGGUUUCCUUGCAAAUUUGUUGCUUGUUUCGCAAUUGCCUUAGUUGGUGAUCGUUUCACGCUUCGUGAGGAUCAAGAGCAGCUUCGUGACUUGUGGUACGCUUGCGAGCGAUCACAUGGCUUCCCUCCCACAGCCACCAUCGCACAACUUGAAGAGUCCUGGGGCUGGCAUAACUCUUGA